GGACUUUGGCCAGACAUGAGAUGACUGUAGAAGAGGUUUCUCAAAACACUCACAGCCUGCAGACAGGAGAAACACUCAGCAUAGCGUACCACUUCAGGUGUCAGUAUGCCUCAUAAAGCUAGCUGUCUCCUCCUUCUUGUAAUCAUAUCCGGUCUUUCAAAUGUGCAGGGAGCCAACGUUAAGAAGCCGCUUUGCUAUAACUAUCAGGUGCCAGCCUGUCCCUUUAACUUUGACCCUGUUUGUGGAUCCGACGGAGUGACCUACGCCAAUGAGUGUGUGCUCUGUGAUACCAUCAGAGAAACUGGAAGGAAAAUACUAAUCAUCAAAAACAACCCUUGUUGAAGAUGCCGGAUUAGAGGAUUUAUCAGCAUAAUUCACCAGAAACAAUGGUUCAACUCUUAAAUAAAACAGAAUAAAAACAGA